CUCCCCCGUCCCCUCCUCCCGCUCCCCCCCGGCCGUGGGGCGCGGCGGGCGGUGCUGAGCGCGGAGCCGGCGCCGCUCCGGGCGCUCCCGCUCCCCAUUCCCAUUCCCUUUCCCGUUCCCUUUGUUCGCGGCGCCGAUGGCGGCGGGGCCGGGCAGCGGCGCCGGGGCCCCGAGCGAGGCGGAGGCGGUGCAGCUCUGCCGCAGCCUGGAGGUGGGCACGGUCAUGACCCUCUUCUACUCCAAGAAGUCGCAGCGACCCGAGCGGAAAACUUUCCAGGUGAAGCUGGAGACCCGGCAGCUCACCUGGAGCCGCGGCUCCGACAAGACCGAGGGCGCGGUGGAUAUUCGUGAAAUCAAAGAGAUCCGUCCAGGAAGGAACUCGCGUGACUUUGACCGGUACCAGGAGGAUCCGUGUGUCCGACCAGACCACUCUCACUGCUUUGUUGUCCUCUAUGGCACAGAGUUCCGGCUGAAGACCCUCAGCUUGCAAGCCACUUCCGAGGAUGAGGUCAAUAUGUGGAUCAAGGGGCUGAACUGGCUGGUGGCUGACACGCUAAGGGCUGCCACCCCUCUGCAGAUUGAAAGGUGGCUCCGGAAGCAGUUCUACUCGCUGGAUCGCAACCGAGAGGACAGGAUCUCCGCCAAGGACCUGAAGAACAUGCUGUCUCAGGUCAACUACCGGGUGCCCAACAUGAGGUUCCUGCGGGAGAGACUCAUGGACGUGGAGCAGAGGAGCGGGGAUAUCACGUACGGGCAGUUCGCGCAGCUCUACCGCAGCCUCAUGUUCAGCGCCCAGAAAAUGAUGGAUGUCCCGUUCCUGGACAGGGCUGGAGAAAGGUCUGAGCACUUCAGGGUGUCACUGCUGGAGCUGCAGAAGUUCCUGCUGGAGUACCAGAGGGAGCUCUGGGCUGCAGACACCCUUCAGGUACAGGAAUUCAUGUUCAACUUUCUGAGAGACCCUCUGAGGGAGAUUGAUGAGCCUUAUUUCUCCCUGGAUGAAUUUCUCACCUUCCUGUUUUCCAAAGAGAACAGCAUCUGGAACUCGCAGCUGGACAUGGUGUGUCUGGAGAACAUGAACAACCCCCUCUCCCAUUACUGGAUCUCCUCCUCACACAACACGUACCUGACCGGGGACCAGUUCUCGAGCGAGUCCUCGCUGGAGGCGUACGCGCGCUGCCUGCGCAUGGGCUGCCGCUGCAUUGAACUGGAUUGCUGGGACGGUCCCGAUGGCAUGCCAGUCAUUUACCAUGGGCACACCUUAACCACCAAGAUCAAGUUCUCUGAUGUCCUGGUCACCAUCAAGGAGCAUGCCUUUGUCACCUCCGAUUUCCCAGUCAUUCUGUCCAUUGAGGACCACUGCAGCAUUGCUCAGCAGCGGAACAUGGCUCAGAAUUUCAAGAAGGUCUUUGGGGACAUGCUCUUGACCAAACCUGUGGAUAUCUCUGCUGAUGGCCUUCCCUCUCCAAACCAGCUCAGGAGGAAGAUCCUCAUCAAGCACAAGAAGCUGGCAGAGGGCAGCGCUUACGAGGAGCUACCCACGUCCGUGAUGUACUCCGAGAACGACAUCAGCAACUCCAUCAAGAACGGGAUCCUCUACCUGGAGGACCCCAUCAACCACGAGUGGAACCCGCAUUACUUUGUCCUGACCAGCAGCAAGAUCUAUUACUCUGGGGAGACAACCAGUGACCAAGGAAAUGAGGAUGAAGAAGAGCAAAAGGAGGUGAGCAACAGCACGGAGCUUCACUCCACCGAGAAGUGGUUCCACGGGAAGCUGGGAGCGGGCCGGGACGGGCGGCACAUCGCGGAGCGGCUUCUGACCGAGUACUGCAUCGAGACUGGCGCCCCCGACGGCUCCUUCCUCGUCAGGGAGAGCGAGACCUUCGUUGGAGACUACACCCUGUCCUUCUGGCGCAACGGGAAGGUGCAGCACUGCCGCAUCCACUCGCGGCAGGAUGCCGGCAGCCCCAAGUUCUUCCUGACGGACAACCUAGUGUUCGACAGCCUCUACGACCUCAUCACCCACUACCAGGAGGUGCCUCUGAGGUGCAACGAGUUUGAGAUGAGGCUGACGGAGCCGGUGCCACAGACCAAUGCCCAUGAGAGCAAAGAGUGGUACCACGCCAACCUCACGCGGGCCCAAGCUGAGCACAUGCUGAUGCGGGUGCCGCGGGAUGGAGCCUUCCUGGUGCGCAAGAGGAGCGAGCCCAGCUCCUACGCCAUCUCCUUCAGGGCGGAGGGGAAGAUCAAGCACUGCCGGGUGCAGCAGGAGGGCCAGACCGUGCUGCUCGGCAACUCCGAGUUUGAGAGCCUGGUGGACUUGAUCAGCUACUACGAGAAGCACCCGCUGUACCGCAAGAUGAAGCUGAGGUACCCCAUCAACGAGGAGACACUGGAGAAGAUUGGGACAGCGGAGCCGGAUUAUGGAGCCCUUUACGAGGGACGCCACCCCGGGUUCUACGUGGAAGCCAACCCCAUGCCCACCUUCAAGUGUGCAGUCAAAGCCCUGUUCGACUACAAGGCGCAGCGGGAGGAUGAACUCACCUUCACCAAAAAUGCCAUCAUCCAGAAUGUGGAGAAGCAGGAAGGAGGCUGGUGGAGAGGAGAUUAUGGUGGCAAGAAGCAGCUGUGGUUCCCCUCCAACUACGUGGAGGAAAUCACUGGUCCCAGCAGCCUGGAGCCAGAGCGGGAGCAGCAGCUGGAUGAGAACAGCCCCCUGGGAGACCUGCUGGGGGGUGUCCUGGAUGUGCCCUCCUGCCAGAUCGCCAUCCGCCCCGAGGGGAAGAACAGCCGCCUCUUCGUCUUCUCCAUCAGCAUGGCCUCGGUGUCGCGCGUGUCCCUGGACGUGGCGGCUGAUACGCACGAGGACCUGCUGGACUGGGUGAAGAAGAUCCGGGAGGCAGCGCAGACAGCUGAUGCACGGCUCUCCGAAGGGAAGAUGAUGGAGAGGAGGAAGAAGAUUGCCCUGGAGCUUUCAGAGCUGGUGGUCUAUUGCCGGCCUGUGCCCUUUGAUGAAGAGAAGAUUGGCACAGAGAGGGCCUGUUACCGGGAUAUGUCCUCCUUCCCCGAGACCAAGGCAGAGAAGUACGUCAACAGGAUCAAGGGCAAGAAGUUCCUGCAGUACAACCGCCUGCAGCUCUCCCGCAUCUACCCCAAGGGCCAGCGCCUCGACUCCUCCAACUACGACCCGCUGCCCAUGUGGAUCUGUGGCAGCCAGCUCGUGGCCCUCAACUUCCAGACCCCAGACAAGCCCAUGCAGAUGAACCAGGCCUUGUUCAUGUCCAGUGGCCAGUGUGGGUACGUCUUGCAGCCGACCAACAUGCGGGAUGACAUCUUCGACCCCUUCGACAAGAGCACGCUGCGGGGCGUCGAGCCGCUCUCCAUCUCCAUUGAGGUUCUGGGGGCCCGGCACCUUCCCAAAAAUGGGAGGGGAAUCGUUUGUCCCUUUGUGGAGGUGGAGGUGUCUGGGGCCGAGUACGACAAUGCCAAGCAGAAAACGGAGAUCGUGGCGGACAAUGGCCUGAACCCGCUCUGGACCCCGAAGCAGUUCCACUUCCAGGUCAGCAACCCCGACUUUGCCUUCCUGCGCUUCGUGGUGUAUGAGGAGGACAUGUUCAGCGAUGAGAACUUCCUGGCUCAGGCCACCUUCCUGGUGAAAGGCUUGAAGACAGGCUUCCGAGCGGUACCCCUGAAGAACAACUACAGCGAGAACCUGGAGCUGGCGUCCCUGCUUGUUAAGAUAGACAUCUUCCCUAGCAAGCAGGAGAACGGUGAGAUAAACCUCUUCAGUGGGGCAGCCCUGCGGGACCGCACCGUGGAUGCUGCCACUCAGCUGCUGCUGGGCAGAGGCAGAGAGGGCUCCUUCGAGGCACGGUACCAGCAGCCCUUUGAGGAGUUCCGCAUGUCGCCGGAGCAGCUGGCUGACCACUUCGAGAGCCGGGAGCGCAGCAGGGCGCUGCGGAGGACCCGGAUCAACGGGGACAACCGGCUGUAGCCCAUCGCGGCGGUGGGAGCACCUCCAGUGCCGGUGGAUCUCCCGGCACACUGUGAACUGGUUUCUAUGGAAACGGCACUGCUAUGGCCUCCUUUCAGGCAGCUUCUCCGGUUUCUCCGCUGAAGUGUUCGAGUGGAGAACUAAAAAAAACAUAUAUUGGGAAAAAACCCCACACCAACCCCGAAUCCCUCCCGUCACCACCAAGCCCUUAACAAAGCACACGGGUGCGCACUGCCUGCCAGCUGCUGAGGGGAGACAGCUGUCUGACGGCAAAGAACAAGACCUGAACUCCCCCAGCCAGCCCCUGCCACCGCUGCUCUGCCCGGAUUCCCAGCGAUCCCACUCCUGUGCAGCUCCCGGGGCCCUCUGGCACUCAUCCUUUGCUGUGCCAUUCCCAACGCGCCGGGCAAGGGGGGACAUGAGCGACCAAGGCAGCACCUCUGUCCUGGGGGCAUCGCAUCUACCUACCUGUAUAGCCACUGCCGACGGGCCAGUAGUGAAACUCACAUUUACAAGGCCUCUCUAGCUUUGAAUGACAAUAAAAGUGUCAGUAUUAUGUGUGUGGUGUCUGGUGCAUGGCCCCACUGCAGCCCUGCCUGGGUGUGGAGCCAUGCCAGGGGGCUGCACUGCUCCAUCCUUCCUCCGGGCUUUAGGGAGGUUGCAGCUACUGGUAGGGGGAAAUAACCAGGAGCAGCCCUAGAUUUAAUGUGGUUAUGUGCUACAGCUGACCCUGCUUUGCUGAAUGGGAAUGGGGACAAGCAGCUACUCCAGGCUGCAGAAGGAUGACUAGGACAGAGGUAUCCAGGCUCUGGCACAUAGCCGGGUCACCCACUGCUGGCCUCACCCUGUGGGUAAGUUGUGCUUUUAAACCAAAAGGAAGGUUGUGAUGGAGCAUUCCCCACUGGGGGCACAGCUCAGCCAUGCCCAUGCCUGGGGCAGCUCCUGCUGUUGGCACCAGGGGAUCACCAGGGCUUCCCUGAAGUGAGCGCAAUCACCAGUCGAGUCACGGUCGUCUUUUCCGCUCUUUAUUUAGGAACAACCAAAAAUGUCUGGUUUCAUUUCAACAAACUGUACAAGCAAGCUCUUCCCCUCACCCACCCUCACAUCCACAUAUACAAAAGGAAGGGAAACUUGCCGUUCACUUCUCAGAAGUGGCAUUGUUGCUACAGGGAGUUCUUGCCCUCAGAAUAAGAGCAGGUAAAGUUCCAUAGCAGGUACAAGCUACCCUAGCCCUAGUAAUAGCUACAGCCCACAAUCACAGGCAGCUUCACUUUUUGUUUUUCCUCUUUAAAACCUUUACCAAAAGUAAAAACUAGUUCCUGUCUCACACGAUUGCCAAGGUGACCAUCUAAAACUGUGGUCUUAAGAAAAACACAAUAAUAACCCCACUGGAACCCCCCACACCUCCCCGGUACAAAGACCCAGCAGAGCCCUUGCUCUGCUCCCUAGCUGCACGGCCACCCUUAUGAAAGGUCCCGUUGCAGCUACAAUUACAUUUUCCUUUGGAUAAAUCCAAGCAAAAAUUCCAGGUCAUUCAGCACCAGCAUGAUUUCUAAAUAACAAUAAUUAAAAAUAAAAAAACAAAACAAA